AUGUUGCUGGACGGAUGCUAUGUGAUGCUUACAAUAGUGGAGUGGAACAUCGUGAAGGAGAUUAUUUCAUGGACUCAAUUUGAAGUACCACAAGAUUGGCGCACAAUAGUAGAGAGCAACUUAAAGACGAAGAUUUCAGAAGAGAAUACCUUGUUGACUCGAAGGGUAGUAGCACGAGAUAUUCUCAUGCUCGAAAACCAGCUUCCUUUCUUUCUUCUUGAAACUUUGUACAAAGCUGCAUUUCCUCCCGGCCCUUCCUUUCGAAGCCUAACACUCGAGUUCAUCCGCGGACAUUUCUCAAUAAACUUGAAACUUCCCAAAGACAACGACAAUGAGACUUUUCAUCACAUAAUUCAUCUUUUUCUUUCUUGCAUUGAUCCGACAACAAACCAUGGCAAUGGCAAUAGCAAUGAGUCCUCCACAUUUGGCAAUCGCCUUGUCCAUGACAUAUCAUGGAUUCCCAGGGCUACAGCAUGCAAUGAAGCUACAAUUCGAUUCCAAAGAAAAAGGAAUGCCAAGAGUUUCCUGGACAUUACAUUUCACAACGGUAUUUUGGAGAUUCCCCAACUUAAAAUAGACGACCACACCAGCUGGCUCUUGAGAAAUCUUAUUGCGUACGAACAAUGUUCAACGGAUUCCAAGUUCCAUGUUACAUCCUAUCUGAUGUUUAUGAAUCACUUCAUCAAUACGGCAGCAGAUGUCGAAAGGCUUCGAUCUCGUAACAUCAUUAUUGACAGCUUAAGGGUGGGCACCCAAGAAAUUGCCACUCUCUUUACAAAUCUUGUCACGAAUGUCAGCAACUCAGAUGAUUCCUACAUUAAAGGCGUCCUCAUUGACAUUAGGAAGUACCAAGACACUUGA